GGCGGCAAGAAGCAGCUGAAAUACUUCACGGUGAAUGAGGAGAACGGGAACCUGUACGUGAACGAGAGGCUGGACCGGGAGGAGAUGUGCGGCGAGUCGGAGACCUGCUCCGUCAGCUUCGAGGUGCUGGUGCACAACCCGCUGAACGUUUACCACGUUGAGGUGGACAUAGAGGACGUGAAUGACAAUUCCCCGGCUUUCAGCAAAGGUGCUCUGGAACUGGAGAUUGGUGAAUGGACUCUUCCCGGUGCUCGUUUUCCAUUGGAGAGGGCACAAGACGCUGACGUGGGAAUGAACUCACUGUUGACUUACCAUCUCACCAGCAACCCGUCCUUCUCUCUGGCCUUAAAAGACAGCUCUGAGGUGAGCAAGCAGCCGGAAUUGGUGCUGGAGACAGCGUUGGACCGGGAGAAGCAGAGCUCCUUUGACUUGGUACUGACGGCAGUGGACAGUGGGAAACCUGCGAGAUCCGGGACUGUCCAGGUUCGCAUCAACGUUACGGACUUAAAUGACAACGUACCCGUGUUCAGCAAAGGUGUGUACGAGGCGAGAGUUGCAGAGAAUUUGCCAGCAGGGUCGCUGGUGCUGCGGGUGCGGGCGACAGAUGCAGACGCGGGCACCAACGGGCAAGUCUCCUACUCCUUCAGCAACGUUCACGGUACCAUCAGUUCGUUGUUUACGGUCGACAGCGAAAGUGGGGAGGUCAGGACCGCGGGUCCCUUAGAUUUCGAGGAGAAGAGUAAAUACAUCUUUGGCUUGGAGGCGAAGGAUGGUGGGGGUUUAGUGUCAUAUUGCAAAGUGCAGAUAGACAUCAUAGACGAGAAUGACAAUGCGCCCGAGAUCACGGUGCUGUCGUUGUCAAGCCCGGUGCCCGAGGACGCUCCGAUCGGCACCGUGGUGGCUCUGCUGAACAUUGACGACCCGGAUUCCGGCGAGAACGGUCAGGUGUCGUGCGAUAUUUCUCCUUGUUUUCCGGAGUCGUGUUUAUGUGAGUUGCGCAGCCUCGUCUUCGUGACGGAAUGA